CCUGAAAUCACUCCUCAGCAUCUCCCUUAUAGCUCCCUAUAGCAUCCAUCUAUCUCUUCUCCACUCUCUGCCUGCACCACUUCUUCCUGUUCCUACCAGUCUCUGUCUCGCUCUCUCUUUCUGUCUCCACCCCCACCCCCCUUCCCGACCCCGAUGCCUAAGAACAGCAAGGUGACGCAGCGCGAGCAGAGCCAUGAGCAUGUCACAGAGUCGGUGGCUGACCUGCUCGCACAUGAGGAGCCAAUCGACUACAAGAGCAGCGCCCUGAACGUUGGAGGGGCCACCGGGAAGAAAGUCCCGCAGAUAGAGGUGCCCGAAAACGAUGGACGACCUGCCUGGAACAGCAAACUGCAGUACAUCCUGGCCCAGGUGGGCUUCUCUGUAGGUCUGGGGAACGUGUGGCGCUUCCCUUACCUGUGCCAGAAGAAUGGAGGAGGUGCCUAUCUGGUUCCCUACUUCAUCCUCCUCCUCAUCAUUGGCAUCCCACUCUUCUUCUUGGAGCUGGCUGUGGGUCAGAAGAUCCGACGUGGGAGCAUCGGGGUCUGGAACUACGUCUGUCCCAGUCUGGGCGGGAUAGGAAUGUCCACAUGCUGCCUCAUUUGCAUACUUCUCUCACUCUGUGCAGACCUUAUUAUCGGCUGGAGCAUCUUCUAUUUCUUCCAAUCCUUCCAGUAUCCUCUUCCAUGGAGUGACUGUCCAAUCAGAAAGAAUGGGACUCUUGCCAUUGUGGAGCCGGAGUGCGAGAAAAGCUCGGCUACGACCUAUUUCUGGUACCGUCAGACUCUGAACACCACCAGUACCAUCGCAGAGAGUGGCGGACUCAACAUCAAAAUGACCCUGUCCCUGCUGGUGGCUUGGAUCAUCGUCUGCCUCGCCGUCAUCAGAGGAAUUGCCUCCUCUGGGAAGGUGAUGUAUUUCAGCUCUCUCUUCCCAUAUGUGGUGCUGUUCUGUUUCCUGGUCAGGGGUUUAAUGCUGAAGGGAUCAGUGGACGGUAUCGCUCACAUGUUCACUCCGAAGUUGGAGAAGAUGCUGGAGCCCCAGGUGUGGAGGGAGGCAGCCACCCAGGUCUUCUUCGCCCUGGGUCUGGGGUUUGGAGGAGUCAUAGCCUUCUCCAGUUACAAUAAGAUUGAUAACAACUGUCAUUUUGAUGCCGUGCUCGUCUCUGUCAUCAACUUUCUGACAUCCAUUCUGGCCACACUGGUGGUGUUCGCUGUGCUGGGCUUCAAGGCCAACAUCAUGAAUGAAAAGUGUGUCGUAGAUAAUGCAGAGAAGAUUCUGGGAUACCUCAACUCUAACGUCCUGAGUCACGAUCUGAUCCCUCCACAUGUAAACUUCUCCCAUCUCAGCACAUCAGACUACGCUGAGAUGUACGGGGUCAUCAAGACCAUUAAAGAGGGCAGCUUCACCCAACUGGGACUGGAGCCUUGUCUCCUGGAGGACGAGCUUAACAAGGCUGUCCAGGGAACCGGCCUGGCCUUCAUCGCCUUCACAGAAGCCAUGACCCACUUCCCGGCAUCUCCAUUCUGGUCGGUCAUGUUCUUCUUCAUGCUCAUCAACCUCGGUCUGGGCAGCAUGAUCGGCACCAUGACUGGCAUCACCACACCUGUCCUCGAUACCUACAAGGUCCAGAAGGAGCUUUUCACAGUGUGUUGCUGCGUUGUGGCCUUCUUCUGUGGUCUGUUGUUCGUUCAACGUUCAGGGAAUUACUAUGUCACCAUGUUUGAUGAUUACUCUGCCGGACUGCCUCUCACUGUAGUCGUCAUCCUGGAAAACGUGUCUGUCGCUUGGAUUUACGGUACAAAAAGGUUCAUGCAGGAUCUGGAGGACAUGUUGGGUUUCCGACCAUAUAGGAUUUAUUUCUACCUGUGGAAGUAUGUCUCCCCUCUGUGUCUCAUCGUGCUCAUCACAGCCACCGUCAUAGAGAUGGCCAUCAGCCCCCCGGGAUACAACGCCUGGGUCCAAGAGCUGGCUCAGGAACGUUUCCAGAGCUACCCUCCCUGGGCACUGGCCAUGUGCUUCUCUCUCAUCGUGGUGGCCAUGCUUCCCCUCCCCAUUGUCUUCAUCGCUCGUCGCUUCAACCUGAUGUCAGAUGGCUCCAACAAGCUGUCCGUCUCCUACCGUAAAACCAUGAUGAAGGACAUGUCCAACCUGGAGGAGCAGGACGAGGCCAGAUUCAUCCUAGGCGCAAAGCCUGGCGAGGUGCCGUCAGCAGUGCCGGCUCGCAAAGCCUUCCUGACUCCAGGAGGGACCAAAGCUCUGGACCCCAACUCCCUGUCUCCAAACAGCUGCUACGGUACGAGCUACCAGAACACUGCCAUCAGCCCCACCACACCAACUACACCGACCACGCCUGCCACACCGGAGUCUGACUCUUGACUGCUAUCCAAACGCCCCUCUGACACCCAGUCCUGUAGCACAGUUUACCUUUCAGCCAUAAAGUCUCCACCGGGGGUCACUGCAGCGCAGAGAACACCCACCACUGCCCUGCUAACGCCACAAAACUGUAUGUAGCCACCCAACACGCAUCAAUAAAUAACACCUGCAGCAGGAGAAAAAAAGUUCACUCUUAUAACAGUAGAUCAAACACUGAAAUCAGGGUUAGAUUAACAGUGACGCACUGUUAAUCUCUAUUUAUUCUGUAUUUAACGUCACAGGGUUUAAGAUGAAGUUAUGUGAUCUGCUUUUCUUUGCCUUAGUAAAAGGAUCCUCAGCAGACACAACCUCCCCCCCUCACCCGACACACACACACAGUUGAAUGCACAGUCCUGUCUGCACAAUGCAGGGAACCUGAAAGGAUGAAUGUAGAGGAGCCAGUGUGGUCCUGCUGAUUGAACAGGUUUUCACUCAGUAGACUGGCACAGAGAGCCGAGAUGAAUGUGAGUUCACUUAUUUUAAGGUUUAAAGUCUGUCAGUGUUUCUGUUGCUGCCCUCUAUAAUGCUACUGUGUGUUAAAACCAUACAGUCUAACACUGAAAAAGUUAUUUUCUAUUAGAUCUUAUGCAGUGAUUCAGUGUGUCUGUCAUACACUUCUGUUCCGAUGCCCUGAACUAGAAAACACUUCUCAUCGUGUCGAUUGUUUUCACAGGGCUCUGUGUAUUGUAAACUAUGCUUAAUGCUGCUCUAAAGGUCAUCCAUUUAUGUUUCAUUCUCUUCCAUUUCCCGUUCUCUGCUGUGUUUUGUGUGUAGCCAUUAUUGUUCAUUAUGUAAACAGUGUUGUACAGUAUAGUAAUAUGAUGUAGGAUAAGAUUUAUGUUCUAAAGGCACAGUGUCAUCCUCCGUUACACGCACAUUAUAACUCAUUUAAGUUUCUCCACCAAAGAGUAAAAACAAGACCAUAAAACACUUGAAAUCUACAUAUUUACAUACAGAAUAACAGAAAGGAGAUAUAGAAAUAUAUCGAAUUGUGUUGAAGGUGAACUAGAAAGAGCUUCUUCAGUGACAGAAAGCACAGCUUUUUCAUGUGACAUUGAAACAAAUGUCCAUCGCUUGCUUGAUGCAGUUUUGACUUUCUUUCUACAAAAGCACAAAAGAGAUUUUACACAAUUAUUGUGCACAAGAAACAAACACUAACCCUACUAACUGCUGACCUGUUGUUUUAAAUUAUGCACAUGUGGAAUUGAAAUAACUGCUGUCCCACACAAUGAGUAAGCAAUAUAUAUUUACAUUGGAGCACAAACAAGAAUGCACAAACUAUGUUCACUAAUGGACAAUAAACAUAAUGAACAUGAAAUAGGACCAAAAGAUUUAGGAAGUUGAGAAGCAAAAAUCCAAAUAAUGGAAGAUUCAACUCAUCAGUAAUAAAAAAACUAAAACAUGCACAUACAAAUGCACACUGUUUCUGUAUAUCUGUGGAAUAAUAAACCUCCUGAAGUGUUACUG